AUGUCAUUUGACUGGUUGAACGUACCAGGUUUAAAUUUUAACGAUAAUUCAAGUACUCCAAACAUCCAAAAGGAUGGGGCACCACCACCAUCUGUAUCAUUUUAUUACAAUCAACCUUUAAGUAAUAAUGCCCAACGAGAACAAACACAGCAACAAUCCACAACGGUUAUGCCAAAAAAAAAUAAUCCUUUUGCUAAUUAUACACAAGACACCACAACAACUUCAAACACAUCAAUCCCUUUAAAUCAACAUUUACUACGGAAGGCUAAUCAUCCGGCAACAAAUAUAAAUAGUGGUAGCCACAGUAACCGAUCAACUGCAAUUAUCCCAUCCAAUGGUGGCAAUGAUGAUAGUGAAGAAUCCUAUAUAGAAACGACUGAGGAUUUACAAGUUCCUUUAUCAUUGUCUCAAGUCCAACUGUCGCACGAAGAAAUGCGUACAUAUUUAAGAUGGUACAAAUACAUUACAACAAGAACACAUGGAAAAUUAGUUAGAUUAAAUGAUAUUUUCAAAUUCUUAACCAAUUUUGCUAUUCCAGAAAAGUUAAAAGAAAGAAUAUACACCAUUUUUAGAACUUGUAAAAAUGCAUUAAAUAUUGGUCAAUUUUUUGCAGUUCUAAGAUUAAUUUCUUUGGCUGUAUAUAGAUCCAUUUUACCUACUAGAAAAAUGAUUCUGGAAAAAGCUACAGUACCUAAACCCAAACCUAUUUUAAAUUCUCAAACAGAUGGAGAAGUUUAUGAAGAAGUGGAAGAAGAAGAAGAAAAUAAUCAAAAUAGAGAAAAUGAUUCUAAGGUUGAUUUUGAUUCCUUUACCUCUCUGUUACUAACAGGUAAAUCAACUAGAAAGAGGAUCAGAAGAAAGAUUAAAAACUCAGCUUAUAGAAAUAAAAAAGUCAGAUUCUCAGAACAUAUAACUUUCCAAGAGCCCUCUCAAGAAAAUACUAAUGAUUCAAGUAUAAAUGACAAAAAAACUGAUGAUAGUAAUCUUUCUGAAGAUAGUCCAUUAGAUUUAUCAUUACCGAUGGAUCAACUUCUAAAACUAAUGGCCGAAAGAAAGAAACGUAAUACAUCGUUGAUAUCUGAAAUCCCCACUGAACAACAAGAAACUGAAGAGGAAAAAGAAGAAUUAAAGGAUAUGCAAGAUUCCUUAUCACAUUUCAAACAAAUUAGAGGUCCUGAUUCUGUUUCUUUGAUUCCACCUUCGUAUUUAGGUGCAAACGGAUUUGUGGGAAUUAGUGCUCAGCAAGUACCACUACAACCUUUGAAACCAACAAGUACGGGUUCUGCUAACCAUUUCAUGCGUCAAGAAUAUAACACUAAUUUUGGGACACAGGAUUCCAAUUCUCAACAAACUAUAGAACCUUUAAAGCCCACAGCAACUGGCUCUGCUAAUUAUCUAGUAAGAAGUCAAUAUAGUGGUAAUAUCAAUGCAAAUACGAUUACUAAUGCUAGUGUUACAAAUAGUAAUAGUAAUUUUAAUGAUUUAAUGACAAAUGACAAUGCUACUCAAUCUUCUACAUCAUAUCAAUAUAACAAUAUAGCAAAUACUGUGAAUACUAAGGUACCUCAAAUAAUUGAACCGUUGAAACCGACAGCCACAGGCUCCGCUAAUUAUUUAAUGAAAAAACAGAAUAAUACAAUUAAUCAAAUAGAUAUGUUAUCGAAUGAAUCUAACACUACAUCUCAGGAUUCAUUUAUGAAUUUUACUCAGUAUAGACCAGAAAUGCAGGAACACCCACAAAAUAUACAAUCGUCACAACAACAACAACGACAGACCCCAACUCAUCCUGUAACACAGCAAAGUAUGUAUGGGGAUAAUAGUUAUGAUAUACUACAAUCUAAUCAGCCCUCUUCACCACAACAUACGAUGAAUGAUGCAACUAAUAUAUUAACACGACAAUCUAAUUAUUCGAUAACAGAAAAGGCAAACUCAACUUAUUUAAGUCCUCAACAUACAGCUCAACAGCAACAAUUGCAGCCAACUAAUAUAGUAACGCAAGGCUCAAUUCGGAAUAAUAACUUGUUAUCAGCUUCGAAUGUGGCAGGCAACUAUUUUCAGUCAUUAUUAUCGCACACCCCUUCUCCUAAUGUAAGUAAUAGUGCAUUACCAUACCAAAGUAAUGUAUCUCAACUACAACAACAACAACACUCUAUGACAUCUGCAACUACGACACCCUCUCAUAUUUCACAACAGAAUACAUAUAAUAAUUCUCAAAAUAUUGCCUCUCGACAAUUUUUCCACAGUAAUAACAGCAAUACUAAUGGACAAUUUCCAUACCAAUUACAUAACCCUACACAACCGAUUCAAAAUUCUGGCAAUUAUAGUACUAAUUCUCAAGUAUCGUAUAAUAGCCAAUCCCAGUCAUCACAACAACAAGUACAGCAGCAGAAACCAGGUGUGCAAUAUCUGGGGAAUCCCGUUCCUCAACAAAAUCAGAUACAUAUGGCAAAUACAAUACAACAAUCAAAUCCCCAUAACACAUAUCUAGGGAACACAUUACAGACAUCUGUACCAACCAUGACUAUGAGUCAACAGAAUACGAAUCAAGGCCAAUAUUUAGGGAUGCCAAAUCAAUUGGGUAUGUUUAGUAAAAGUAACUCACAUAGUCCAACUGUUACUGGACAACCGAAUAAUUUGCUUUCAAAUGCAUCUUCCAGUGAUACAAACAUUCUAGGUAAUUAUCAAGCAUUACAACAGCAAGUGAAUAUUUUACAAAAUAGGUAUAGAUGA